CGCGGAGCCCGGCAACCACCUGAGGGGCCUUGGCCAGGAGGGGGUGGCCCCCCGGCGCCGGCGGCAGCUCCGGAGCAAACCUGGCAAACCCGAGCAGGGCGGUGCGGGUUGCUCAGGGAGAAAAUGAAGGGAGUGAUAGGGUGGGGGUGGCAGGGAACGGGCACAACGCCGGCUUCCUCCGGACGGCCUCCUGCGUCCCACCUGUGCUCCUGAAAAGCGGCCCCCGAGAGGGCGCGGCGGGAACCCGAGCCGGGAGUAGGGUCACGAGUUAAAGCGGCGGGGGCGGGAGGAUGCGCGGGCGGCGGACGGGGCGCUCUCCUCCCGUCUGACUCUGGGCGGAGCGGGGCUCGAGGCUGCUGGAGCCGCUCGCUGACUCGCCGUGCGCCCUCGCCGCGGACACCGGAGCUGCGGCCGCUCCCCGCUGUCCCCCAGAGAUGGCAGAUCCUGAGGUACUUGUAAGUAGCUGCAGCUCUCAUGAAGAGGAAAAUCGCUGCAAUUUUAACCAGCAAACAUCUCCAUCUGAGGAGCUUCUAUUAGAAGACCAGAUGAGGCGAAAACUCAAAUUUUUUUUCAUGAAUCCCUGUGAGAAGUUCUGGGCUCGAGGUAGAAAACCAUGGAAACUUGCCAUACAAAUUCUAAAAAUUGCAAUGGUGACUAUCCAGCUGGUCUUAUUUGGGCUAAGUAACCAGAUGGUGGUAGCUUUCAAGGAAGAGAAUACUAUAGCAUUCAAACACCUUUUCCUAAAAGGAUAUAUGGACCGAAUGGAUGACACAUAUGCAGUGUACACACAAAGUGACGUGUAUGAUCAGUUAAUCUUCGCAGUAAACCAGUACUUGCAGCUAUACAAUGUCUCCGUUGGGAAUCAUGCUUAUGAGAACAAAGGUACCAAGCAAUCUGCUAUGGCAAUCUGUCAGCACUUCUACAAGCGAGGAAACAUCUACCCUGGAAAUGAUACCUUUGACAUCGAUCCAGAAAUUGAAACUGAGUGUUUCUUUGUGGAGCCAGAUGAACCUUUUCACAUUGGGACACCAGCAGAAAAUAAACUGAACUUAACACUGGACUUCCACAGACUCCUAACAGUGGAGCUUCAGUUUAAACUGAAAGCCAUUAAUCUGCAGACAGUUCGUCAUCAAGAACUCCCUGACUGUUAUGACUUUACUCUGACUAUAACAUUUGACAACAAGGCCCAUAGUGGAAGAAUUAAAAUAAGUUUAGAUAAUGACAUUUCCAUCAGAGAAUGUAAAGACUGGCAUGUAUCUGGAUCAAUUCAGAAGAACACUCAUUACAUGAUGAUCUUUGAUGCCUUUGUCAUUCUGACUUGCUUGGUUUCAUUAAUCCUCUGCAUUAGAUCUGUGAUUAGAGGACUUCAGCUUCAGCAGGAGUUUGUCAAUUUUUUCCUCCUCCAUUAUAAGAAGGAAGUUUCUGUUUCUGAUCAAAUGGAAUUUGUCAAUGGAUGGUACAUUAUGAUUAUUAUUAGUGACAUAUUGACAAUCAUUGGAUCAAUUCUAAAAAUGGAAAUCCAAGCUAAGAGUCUAACUAGUUAUGAUGUCUGUAGCAUACUUCUUGGGACUUCUACCAUGCUUGUGUGGCUUGGAGUCAUCCGAUACCUCGGUUUCUUUGCAAAGUACAAUCUCCUCAUUUUGACCCUUCAGGCAGCGCUGCCCAAUGUCAUCAGGUUCUGCUGCUGUGCAGCUAUGAUUUACUUAGGUUACUGCUUCUGUGGAUGGAUCGUGCUGGGGCCUUACCAUGACAAGUUUCGUUCUCUGAACAUGGUCUCUGAGUGCCUUUUCUCUCUGAUAAAUGGAGAUGAUAUGUUUGCCACGUUUGCAAAAAUGCAGCAAAAAAGUUACUUAGUCUGGCUGUUUAGUAGAAUUUACCUCUACUCAUUCAUCAGCCUCUUUAUAUAUAUGAUUUUAAGUCUUUUCAUUGCACUGAUCACUGAUACAUACGAAACAAUUAAGCAAUACCAACAAGAUGGCUUCCCAGAGACUGAACUUCGUACAUUUAUAUCAGAAUGCAAAGAUCUACCCAACUCUGGAAAAUACAGAUUAGAAGAUGACCCUCCAGUAUCUUUAUUCUGCUGUUGUAAAAAGUAGCUAUCAGGUUUAUCUGUACUUUAGAGGAAAAUAUAAUGUGUAGCUGAGUUGGAACACUGUGGAUAUUCUGAGAUCAGAUGUAGUAUGUUUGAAGACUGUUAUUUUUGAGCUAAUUGAGACCUAUAAUUCACCAAUAACUGUUUAUAUUUUUAAAAGCAAUAUUUAAUGUCUUUGCAGCUUUAUGCUGGGCUUGUUUUUAAAAAAACUUUAAUGAGGAAAGCUAUUGGAUUAUUAUUAUUUCUUGUUUAUUUUGCCAUGGCUUUAGAAUGUAUUCUGUAUGCCUCUCUUUUGCUCUGAUACUCUUGCUUCCUGCUAUUCUGAUUGUGCAGACUGUGUAAUUAGUGGAAAACAAUCCUUGGUCUGACUGUGACUUUGGACAACUCAGUAACCCUGGCUUGGACCACUCUCAGGAGUCCAUCCUUGAGAGAGUGGGUGUAGUUACCAUUUAUACAGUAAUCAUUGCAUUUUAAAAUCUUCUCUUGAAAGGAAGAAUAAGAGUGCACCAGAAUAAGAGCGCACCAGAAUAAGAGCGCACCAGCUAACAAUGUGAUACGGCCAUAUGUCACUUAAGGAUAGAGAUAUGUUCUGAGAAAUGUGUCAUUAGGCGAUUUUGUCAUUAAACAUCAUAGCAUGUACUUCCACAAACCUAGAUGGUAUAGCCUACUACACACCUAGGCUAUUUGGUAUAGCCUGUUGGUCCUGGGGUACAAAUCUGUACAACAUGUUACUGUAUUGAAUACAGUAGGCAAUUGUAACACAAUGGUAAGUAUCUAAACAUAGAAAAGGGACAGUAAAAAUAUGGUUUUAUAAUCUUCUGGGACCACCAUCGUAUAUGCGGUACAUCGUUAACCAAAACAUCGUUAUCCAGCAUAUGACUGUAUUUGGUUAUGAAAGCCAACUGUUACUUGAUUCUGCCUUUAGUUCUUAAGAGGAUCAGGUUUUUAAAUACUCAUUUACAAGUUUUCUAUCCUCCUUCAGUGUUAAAGUAGAAAGUAAAAAGAGUAUCUUAUACAUGCAUGAAAUUAAAGCAUAUACCAAAUGCAUUUUUGAUCAAGUAAUUAUUAUUUUAUUAGUACUUGAGCAGCCUGUUAAAACUAGUGAUGUACUAUACCUUUCAUAGGCACAUUAUGUCUCACAGCGAAGUGUUUUGGGGUGAGAGGCUGUGGUUUUAUGGGGCAAGGUUCUAUAACUCACAUUAAAAAUAUUUUGGGGCUAUGCACAGUGGCUUAUGCCUGUAAUACCUGCACUUUGGGAGGCCAAGGCAGGAGGAUUGCGAGAGCCCAGGAGUUUGAGACCAGCCUAGGCAACAUAGUGAGACUCAUCUCUACAAGAAAAACAGAAAAAACUAACUGGGUGUGGUGGUACACGCCUGUAGUCCCAGCUACUUGGGAGGCUAAGGCAGGAGGAUUGCUUGAGCCCAGGAAGUCGACAGCAGUGAGCUGUGAUCAUGCCACUGCACUCUGGCCUGGGUGACAGAGUGAGACUCUGAUUCAAAUAUGUACACACACAUAUAUAUGUGAAAAUAAUUAUGCUUAAAAUUUUAAGACAAGAUAACUGUAUGCUGUAAAAAGACAUAAAAAUAGUCUCCUUAUAGACUGCUAAUUGAGAAUUGCAGGGAUUUUCAACACAUGAAUAUUUAUUGUGUUUACUAUUUAUUCAAAUAGAAGUGAAUUCAGUUAUGUGCAGUAAAGAUCUUCUCAAAGCAAACUUUUUUUAAAAAAACUGAUUUUUAAAUUCCUAAUUUUGUUUUACUGAGAUUUUAUUAUUUAAUUAUAAUGACAGUCAUAAUAAUGACUCCAGGUGUUGAAAUGGGAGGUUUUAUAACAGGUAUAAGCUGUUUCUGAAGUACCUGAGGCUUUAAAAAAAAAAAAUCUAAAUAUCUAAGUGACUAUUUUGGGGGCAGUUCUAAUAUUUAUAAUACUAUCACUUUUAGAAAUUACUAGAAUUCUAUGUGAGUUUUGAAAUCAUGUUUAUUAUCUGAUAAAUCCUUUUCUUUACAUCUUGUGAGAUUUUUAGACUAACAGUACUUCAAUGGAAACAUGAAACCAUUGACGCAGUGUUGGGCCUGGAGUUUUGCUUUGCUCUGAAGUCAUUAUGUUUCUUCUGUAGAAUCACAGCCAAUGAGUUGGUGCCUUCACAUCUCUCUCCUAUUUCUCCAGGCUCUCUUAUUGUGGCAGGAGUCCCUGAUAAAUUCCAAGGCUUAAUUUUUAGUAAUGAUGUCCAUGAGAGAAUAGCUCUUCUGUCUACUGAAAGAAAUAGCACUGACUGACUUUUUUGAACUGUCCUCAAACCAGUACAAUGGCCUGAUCUGGGUAGGCAGAUAAAUUAUGGGCCAUUUUAGAGUUCUCCUUACAUGUAUAUAUGUAUCAUAGAGAAUGUCAAGGCAGUUGUAAGAAAGAACAUAGAAUGGAAGUCACUUUUCUUCCAGGCUUCUAGUCUUCUUAUCCCAGGAAAUCAGGGCUGGAUUUUUGUCGAUGAAACCCCCUUUUUCUGGAAGUCAGAUUCUCUGUCCCCUCCUCUUGCCAUAAUGAUUUUCAGGGUUGUAAGCAUAAGGGAAUUUUUUUUUUUUUUGAGAUAGAGUCUUGCUCUGUUUCCUAGGCUGGAGGCUGGAGUAUAGUGGAGCAAUCUCACCUCACUUCAACCUCCGCCUCCCAGGUUCAAGCGAUUCUUGUGCCUUAGCCUCCAGAGUAGCUGAAACUACAAGCACGCACCACCACGCCUGGCUAUUCUUUUUGGUAUUUUUAGUAGAGACAGGGUUUUGCUAUGUGGGCCAGGCUGGUCUUGAACUCCUGUCCUCAAGUGAUCUGCCCGCAUCAGCCUCCCAAAGUGCUGGAAUUAUAGGUGUGAGCCACCAUGCCCGGCCCACUGGGGGAUCUUGUUAAAAUCAUGAAUGUACAGGUAAUACCAGCAGAGAUAUUCAUAUUCUCUCUCUCUCCUCUUUCUUUCUCUCUUUUCUUUCUCUUUCUCUUUUUGUCUUUCUCUUUAUCAAAGCCUAAGCACAGAUUCUUAUUCAUCAUGUCCUGGGGGAGGCCAGGAAUCUGCCAUUUUUAGCCGGCACACAAAGUGAUUCUGAUACAAGUGGUUUGUGGUGGCUGCAGGGCCCAGAGCUCAACCAGGAACAGAUAAAUCCCUUUGUUGGGCUACAAAUAAGUUGUUUAUAAGUCUCAGUAUUCAGAAUGGUCUUCUAUCACUCAAGAGAGAAACCACAGUAGUCAAGAGAGAAACACCAAGAAAAUGGGCUUAUAGAUAUCAAUGUGGAUAUUUUAGUAUUUGUGUCUGUAAAAAUCGUUUUCGUGCAGACAUUGAUUUUGCUGAUGUUACAUUUUUUUAAACAAUUCAGAUGCCAUUUUCUUUUUUCACUCAAUAAAGUUUUAAAUUAUCUAAUAC